AUGCUCCGACUUAUACAGUCAUUUAGAAGUUUAGGUGUUCGUCAUUACAAAGUCCUUAGCAUAGAAACGUCAUGCGAUGACACAUGUGUUGCAAUAUUGGAUAGAUUUGAUAGAAAUCAGGCGCCGAAACUACUGUAUAACCAUAGCGAGAGGUUAAACUCGGCUGAGGACGGUGGUAUUGUACCUACAAAAGCUCAUAAUCAUCAUCAAAAAAAUUUGGCUAUCAUAGUUAAGCAGGCAUUGGCCUGUACAGGUAGUUCCAUUGAUUUAUUAUGUGUUACCAAAGGCCCAGGAAUGCGCGGAGCUCUGGCUGUUGGACUAGAUUUCACCAAGGGUCUAAGUGUUGCGUGGAACAAGCCCCUUGUUGGUGUUCAUCAUAUGUUGGGUCAUCUUUUACUUCCCAGAAUGGAGUCUAAUGGAAGACACCCACAAUUUCCAUUUCUAAGUUUGUUGGUUAGUGGUGGACAUACCAUGCUAGUACUUACAAAAAGCAUCGUAGAACAUGAAAUACUUUGUGAUACUAUAGAUAUUGCAGUGGGUGAUUCCCUUGAUAAAUGCGCGAGAGAGAUUGGUAUUCGCGGAGACAUGAUUGCGAAAGAAAUGGAACGCAUCAUCGAUCAAGACAUUCAGCAGGCUACUUCUGACCAAGGGGUAAAAAUUGAGCUCCCCGUUCCUUUGCGGAAUCAGAAUGGCCGAAUGAACAUGCAAGCGUUCUCUUUUAGUCCGUUUAUUAGUGCUGUGAAAUCCAACAUGCCAAAACCUCAGGAGGAACUUUCUGAUAAUGAACGCCGUUCAAUGGCGUACCAGAUACAAGAAGCUAUAUUCUCACAUGUUAUUAGGCAGCUAAAUGUUGUCUUGAAGUUUAAUGGUGAGGCUCUUAGUGGUGUCAAGAGCUUUGUUUGUUCAGGAGGUGUCAGCGCGAACAAAAGACUGAGGGAAAGGCUAGAGACUGAACUAACAAAAAGUUUCUCGUUUCAUUAUCCAGACCUGGAGUUAUGCACUGAUAAUGCUGUAAUGAUAGGUUGGGCUGGGAUUGAGUUGUAUGAAAACCACAAUCUAGCUACUGACUUGCGAGUGGUGCCAUGUAGAAAAUGGCCUUUGACUAAUAUUCUUGACGACCCAUGGUGGUUAAAGGAUAGCAGUAAUGAUCGUUAA